AUGCGUGCCCCUGGUGUAUUAGCAGGCCUUGCUAUGCUGCCUUCCACCGUGAUGGCAGUUCCUACAGGUGCUGGUGACAGCCAAGUUCCCCAGUUCUACAACUCGGCUCGCCACGUAGCUGCGGAUCCCUACGCGUUCUACGACUCCAACAGCGGCCAGUUCUACGUGUACUCGACCGAAGGUGCCGACAAUGGGUACCACUUCGCCAUCUACAGCAGCCCGGACCUUUCCACCUGGCAUAAGCACCCUGGUGGCGUGCUGAAGGCGUGCUACGAUGGCAAGAUGAACCCGAUCGAGGGUGGGCAGGCAUGCUGGGCUCGCGACUGGUUCUGGGCUCCCGAGACGUACUACAACGAGAAGACGGGAUGGUAUUUCUUCUUCUUCGCCGGCCGGCUGCUCGAGAACAAGACCGCCGAGUACUUCCGCUAUUCCAAGUUCGAAGAGCCUUCCAAGAUUGGCGUCGCAGUGUCGCGCUCGCCAACCGGGCCUUUCAGGGAGAUUGAGUCAAGACCGAUUGACUGGUACCCAUUUGACCCAGACUACCACGAUGUCAACCUCAUCAUGGACGAGAAGCAGAUGCUGCCGCCGCAGAGCCUGGAAGAGGGUCAGAAGGCCCCGAAAGGCACAUUCAUCCCUACCAUCGAUGUUAACCUUCUCUUCGAUGAGGAUGACCGCAUCUACCUCUAUGCAUCCCGGAACGCGUACCGAAACUGGAACUGGGACCAUACUCUGGGCAAGUACAUCGAGGAAUCCAACAUCAUCAUGGUUGAGAUGUCGCGUGAGUGGUGGGACGAUCCAACCGCAUCGACCAUGCCCGAGAUUGAGAAGUCCCAAAUCGACUUGCAUGCCAAAGAUGCUCCUAAGCUGCCCUGCAAUAUCAAGUCAUACAAUGGCACGGGCGAGGUUGCACGUCCUCCGAGGAAAGAUGGCUGGAAGACAGUCAUCUCGUACGGCGCUGACCCGCAGGCGUGGGAGAACUACCACGUCGACGACUAUCAAAAGUACAAUGGCACCAAGAAGGACCGGCGUUGGUCCGAAGGCAGCGCGAUCAUCCGACGGCCUGGCGCGGACGGCAAGCCUGUCUACCUGUUGACUUACAGCGCCAACAACUUCGAAGCUGCCAAUUAUGGAGUCGGGUUUGCCUCGGCCGAGUCACCGUUUGGCCCGUUCAAAAAGUCAUCCAGCAACCCGGUCUUGUCCCAGCUCCCGGAUGCCGCCAUUCCCGUCUACUCCACUGGACACGGCAGUAUCGUUGCCUCUCCGCCGCGCAAUGCCGAAGAGAAGGUCGGGGCGCAGGAGGUCACCCUUCGGACCCCGGAAGGCUCGGAGCUGUUUUAUGUUCACCAUGCACGCAAUAGUACGACAGCCGGGCGGGCUAUCUACACGACGCGGAUGACGCUGAAGACCUCGGACAUUAGAUUCGGCACUAACGACGCCCUCAGCAUGCACCUCACCCCACUCGAUCAGCCUUUGCCAGAGAACACGUAUCCGAUCAAGAUGGUAUCCAGCUGUGACGCCACCGGGCGGCAAUAUACCGUCCGGGUUGUCUCGAAACCCGGCGCGUGGUUUGAUCUUACCGAGGGCUCCAACAGAGUUAUUGGUCUCCCUGGUGAUGUCCAAGCCACAUCGAUACAGGCGAAUGGCAAACAGGAUGGCUCGUUUGUGCUCAAUUUCGGAGAUGCUCCCAUUAAUAGUCUAGUAUACCAACGUCUCAGUGUUGACGGCACGUGGGUGACUGCUGUUAGCAAGAACGUCCAGUGA